AUGGCUCCCGGCCUUGCUUCUUCUAGGUAUGCUCCGGCGAACGGUGCCUCCUCGGUUCCGAACGCUUCUUCUGCUGCUUUGAACCUCGCUCCAUUGGCCACCUUGAGGCGAACUGACCUCUCCCGGAGCUCUCUUCCCAGCACCUCUACAAACGGUGACGUUUCUCAGGGCACUCCUGCACCCCAAGCCGAAGGGCAAUCCAGCACGGGCGCAGUCAAAGAAGCCAAUUCGGGAGACCUUGCCAUUCCUCCACCCAGCAGUCAGACGACCAUGGUGCGCGCCUCCUCCGCUACGCAACGGGAGAUUGUUGGGUCUGAGGCCCUCAAGAAUGACACCACGCAGCCAGCCGCUCCCGCCCAGGCCGUUUCGAGCUGGCUUCAGCACUCCCACACGCUAAUGCGGCUUAUCUUCGACUCUGUCAAGAAAGACGGCGGCCUUGCCAAACCGCACGUUGAGCUCGUCGACGAGACUUGGGGACGGCUCGAGCGUCUCUACGACUCUGCCAUGGAGCCCGGAACUGGAGGUCCAGCGACGGUGUACAACCCGGAGGAUAACCUGGGACAGAUCCAUACCGGAGAGGUCAAAGUCGAUGAAGGAAAAGUGGCCGUUUCCGUUCAGGGCGCUCAGAAGCAAGUGCAAAUGCAGCAGAUGAGCGUCGAUAUCCAAGACCGGCUCGAGUCGAGCGUCAAGACGAUCGCCAAGUUGGAAGAGCGUAUUUCACGUUUGACUCUCGAGAAAAGCCUCCACAGGCAAGAGGCGGAAAACUACAAGACCAAGGCGGAGCAGUCAAAGGCUGCCCUUGCCCGAGCGGAGAAGGAGAUAGCCGCCCUACGUACUGACAUGGACACGCUGAUCAGCUCGAAGAAGCUUCUUCAGAGUGCGAAUGAGAAGCUCGUAGCUUCCACGGGAGAGCUAGAGAGCAAGCUCAAGGAACUAGAGAGCAAGUUCAAGGAACUAACGAGAAAGUUCAAGGAACUUGAGAAGGCGUCCGCCGAUGAUGAAGUGAAAAUCAAGAUGAUGGAGCAGGCCCUCGCGCAAACCAAGAAUGAGGGCGUGAAAUUGAAGGAGGAGGCUGAUGCCAAGGUCAAAGAGCUGGAGAAGGAGCUGGCCGAUUACAAGGCCAUGGCCUCGCAAUUGGCUCCGCUCAAGGACGAGAAUGCGAAGCUCGCCGCUGCCCUCCAGCAGAUGAAGGACAACAACGCAGGUGCCACUGUUGACCACCAUGCCGCCGACCCUGGUGUCCAGGAUCAGCUUCAGCAGACCCAAGACACGAUCCAGCAACUCCAGAAGCAGCUCGACGAGUGGAAGGAACUCGGAACCGAGUCCUACAACCAGUACGCAGCCAUGCAGCCCCUGUACAACGAGGCCGUCGAGAAGAUCAAGCAAUACGUGGAAAAGGACGAGGAGCUGGAUCGCCUCAAGGCCGAGCUUGAGAUAUCCAAGUUGACGGCCGCUGAUGUUGCGUAUUGGAAGGGGAAGUAUGAGGGUCUGCUGGCCAAUCUCCGCUAG